AUGGACACGGACAGGAUCACCGAUAAAAUUGCGGCGCUGCCGGCCGAUGGGGAGUACUUCUCCCUCGAGUUCUUCCCGCCCAAGACGGCGAUGGGAUUUGCCAACCUGCGAGUUCGUCUUCAGCGAAUGGAGCGAGCCCUGCGACCUCUCUUCGUCAACGUCACCUGGGGGGCUGGCGGCUCAACAUCGCAAAAGUCGCUUGAGCUUGCCGAGCUGUGCCAGCGCGAGAUCGGCCUCACCACAUGUCUCCAUCUCACAUGUACCAAUAUGAGCCAGGCCCUGAUUGACCAGGCGCUGGAAGAUGCGAGAGCACUGGGAAUCCGCAACAUUCUCGCCUUGCGAGGCGAUCCGCCCCGCGCCGAGUACCGAGACGCCGACGAGCCGGACCAGGCUGCCUCAGAGGAGUUCACAUGGGCAAUUGAUCUUGUCAAGUAUAUCCGCAAGAAAUAUGGCAGCUACUUUUGCAUUGGAGUUGCCGCGUAUCCAGAGGGCCAUGGCGACGGUAGCCACCCCGAAGGCCAGAGCUUUGAACACGAUCUCCCCUAUCUCGUCGAGAAAGUCCAGGCUGGAGCGGACUUCAUAAUGACCCAGCUCUUCUUCGACAUUGAGGCGUACGAAAAGUUCGAGACAACUCUGAGAAACCACCCAAGCGGCGCUUUUAAAACGAUACCCAUCUUGCCAGGCCUGAUGCCAAUUCAAAGCUAUGCAAUGAUCAAACGAACGGCAAAGCUGAGUCAUGCCAAGAUACCAGAGGAGAUCAUGGCCCGCCUCAACGCCGUCAAGGGAGACGAUGGAGAAGUCAAGAUGGUUGGAGUUGAUAUCCUCAGUGAGCUGGUUGAGCAGAUCAGAGAGAUCAAGAGCAGGACUCCGGGGCCCAAGGGCUUUCAUUUCUAUACGCUCAACCUCGAAAAGUCAAUCUCCUUCAUCCUUGAGAGAACCAAGUUGAUUCCCGACGAGGCCGAAGACGAAGAAGCCGUCAUCGAUGAGACUGCAGUCGGAGCGGCAGCGCAGUUGACGGUACCAAAGAUCAGCGUCAAUGGCAAUGUGCCGCCUCGCUCGUCCAGCCACGCACGCACGGGUAGGAGACAGUCUUCUGUGGGCUCAGACCCCCAUAAUCGAGUCAUCGUUGGCAGGGCCGCCACACACCCUGAGUGGGAGGCAACAAGCACUGAGGCCGGUAUUCCCGCCGAAAGUGUCAACACUCGUGCAAACACAUUGGCCAUUUCUGAAGGCGAGGGCUCUCUUGGCCGUGAGGCGACUUGGGAUGACUUCCCCAACGGCCGAUUUGGUGACGCCCGCUCGCCCGCUUACGGAGAGAUUGACGGCUACGGCGUAAGCAUCCACAUGUCCGUUACGCAGGCCGUUUCUCUUUGGGGUCACCCAAAGGUUGCCAGUGACAUCAAUGACAUCUUUGUGAGACACAUCAGAGGAGAGAUUUCUGCUAUCCCAUGGAGUGAAGAAGACCUGCUCCCCGAGUCCUCCAUCAUCAAGGCCAAGCUCGAGGCUAUGAACAGAAAGGGCUGGUGGACUGUUGCCUCUCAGCCCGCUGUCAAUGGCUUGCUCUCGUCGGAUCCCACAUUUGGAUGGGGUCCAUCUUCUGGAUUCGUGUUCCAGAAGUCAUUCGUAGAGUUCUUCCUCCCAUCUGCAGACUGGAAGAUUCUCUACGACAAACUCACCUCUUCCGAGGUCGAAGAAGUGGUGUGCUUCUACGCCAGCAAUGCCAAAGGCGACUUCGUCUCAUCCGAUGCCACCGGAGGUUCCGGCCGAGCUGCCAUGAGCGCGAGCACGAAUGCCGUGACGUGGGGAGUGUUCCCCGGCAAAGAAAUUGUUACACCAACCAUCAUCGAAGAGGUCAGCUUCCGCGCCUGGAGCGAGGAGGCGUUUGAUAUUUGGGCCGAGUGGGCAAAGGUGUAUGGACGGGGAUCGGACAGCCAGAAACUCCUGGACGAGAUUAGAGAGGACCGCUGGCUUGUGAACAUCAUCCACCAUGACUACGUGGACACGGAUGCUCUGUGGAGGUUGUUGACCAACUGAGAUGCAGUCGAGGCUUGUUAGCUAUGUUUUGGAGUGAGGCAAUGGAUAUAGGCGCUGGCAAUUGUGAAGAGAAAGAACUAAAUACCACGAAAAGCAUCAUCAUUCAAAUCUUUAAAGAGAGGGAGGUAGGGGCCCAUUAAUCAACUUGUUCAUCGGAAAUACAAGAGACGAGAGUUUACAAUCUCUUCAUGCCUCAGAUCAACUCUAGCAACCAAAGAAAAACGAAAUGAAAGAAAACCCAAUUUUUUUUUUUUUAGAUAAAUUCUUUGAGACACGCAGGGUUCCAAUUUACUGGGUCAGACUGCUCUCGCUGUCGAAUUUUCUGAUGUUCACUUUAUAUUCACAUCACGAUCUGCUGAAUUCUCAUGUAAAAGCACAGUGAUUUUGGUUUUCAGACGUUUGGUCAUAGUUUGACGUAUGUAAAGAUCAAAGUACUGAAUUCUUUUCUAUC